UAUAAAGCCCAAGCACUCACCACUCUCCAUUAACCAUGGCCAAGAUCGCUUUGGGAGACCACCGGGAGGCGGUGGAGCCCGGCACCAUCCGUGCCGUGCUCGCCGAGGUCGUCCUCACCUUCCUCUUUGUCUUCGCCGGAGUUGGUUCAGCAAUGACCGCCGAGAAGAUGUCGGGAGGGGAGUCGAUCAUGGGGCUGACGGCUGUGGCGAUUGCGCACGCGCUGGUGGUGGCGGUGAUGAUCUCAGCGGGACUGCACAUCUCCGGCGGCCAUCUGAACCCAGCAGUGACCCUGGGGCUGGCGCUGGGGGGCAACAUCAGCGUCGUCCGGUCAGUUCUUUACAUGGCGGCGCAGCUGCUCGGCUCCACCGUCGCCUGCUUCCUCCUCAAAUUCCUCACCGGCGGACUCGACCCACCAAUCCACACUUUGGCUACCGGAAUAGGUGCGCUCCAAGGAGUGAUAAUGGAGAUUGUCCUCACUUUCUCUCUUCUCUUUUCGGUCUACGGCACCAUGGUGGAUCCAAAGAAGGUCAUCCCGGUCGGACUUGGGGCCUUACUGGUGGGUCUAGUGGUUGGAGCCAAUGUUCUUGCCGGUGGUCAAUUUUCCGGUGCAUCAAUGAACCCAGCCAGGUCAUUUGGACCGGCAUUAGUUAAUUGGAAUUGGACGGGCCAUUGGAUUUAUUGGGUCGGGCCGCUCGUCGGCGGUAGCCUAGCCGGGAUCUUCUACGACCAAGUGUUCAUGGUAAGAUCGACUCAUGUGCCUCUUCCAAGACACUCUGAUGAUUUCUAAGGAGCUGAAUUAGUGAAAGCUUGAGAUGAGAUAGUGUGUUUUAUCUAGUGAAUAAAUUGUUGUGUAUGUUUUCCUUUAUCAAAUUAAUGUUAGAUUUAUAGUUGCACUAGUAAUGAAAAUAAGUUGGAUA